GCGGCGGGGCCCGGGAGGGGGGCGGCGUGGUGGGCCGGCGCGUAGCCGGGACGAUGGAGGGGCAGAGCGGCCGCUGCAAGAUCGUAGUGGUGGGGGACGCGGAGUGCGGCAAGACGGCGCUGCUGCAGGUGUUCGCCAAGGACGCCUACCCCGGGAGUUAUGUCCCCACCGUGUUUGAGAACUACACCGCAAGCUUCGAGAUCGACAAGCGCCGCAUUGAGCUCAACAUGUGGGAUACUUCAGGAUCCUCUUACUAUGACAAUGUCCGGCCUCUGGCCUACCCAGAUUCUGAUGCUGUGCUCAUCUGCUUUGACAUUAGCCGGCCGGAAACACUGGACAGUGUCCUUAAGAAGUGGCAAGGAGAGACUCAGGAGUUUUGCCCCAAUGCCAAGGUGGUGCUAGUCGGCUGUAAACUGGACAUGCGGACCGAUCUGGCCACGCUGAGGGAGCUGUCCAAGCAGAGACUUAUCCCUGUUACACACGAGCAGGGCACUGUGCUAGCCAAGCAGGUGGGGGCCGUGUCCUACGUCGAAUGCUCCUCCCGGUCUUCCGAGCGCAGCGUCAGGGACGUCUUCCACGUGGCCACUGUGGCCUCCCUCGGCCGUGGCCAUCGGCAGCUGCGCCGCACUGACUCUCGCCGGGGACUGCAGCGAUCCACUCAGCUGUCGGGACGGCCAGACCGGGGAAACGAAGGAGAGAUACAUAAGGAUCGAGCCAAGAGCUGCAACCUCAUGUGAGGGGCUGCAGUGGAUGCGCAGGAUGAAGAGGGCUGGGUGAGAGGUACACUUGUCCCCCUGCUUGCUCCUGGACUUUUUGACCUCCUGACCCUGGCUGGAAGGGCAGGGCAGGCAGAGGAGCAAUUUGGUCGGAGAGGCUAGAGGACAGAAAUGUGUCACCAUUCUCCAGAUCCUUAUCCCCUUCUCUGGCAGCUGAGAGGGCUGACAGGGUAGGCAUCUGGGGCAUGAACUUGGACGAGGCAGGUGGGUGUUUGGGAAGCCAGCAUCAAACAAUGACUUUGGUUGAGUCUUCUACGUAAAGUGUAUCUUCCCUCCUUACCCCGGUCCCCAUGUCCUAUCUGCCUUCCCUAAGGAAAGUGUCCAUUUGGUGACGUUCUCUUUUUCUCUCCUCUCACUUCCACAUCUGUUCUCACACAUUCUAACCUCCAAACAACUCGAACUAAAUUUUAAAGCAAGAAGUCCUUUCCUACCAUCAACCCGCCAGCCAGUUCUAGCUUCCCCCCCUUUCCUCAGCAGUCGGCAAAUAAAGCCCAUGACCAUGGAAAACGGC